UGAAGAAAUAAAGAUUGAAGAAACAUGCAGAGUGAAACAUGAAGAUACUGAGGAACAAACAGGAGGAGAGUGAAGAACUGAGUGAAGUGGAGGAGGAACAUCAUGACAAACCUGAAGAAAAACAUUUGAGUCGGUCAAAGACUAAAAAUACAUUUCUAAAGAAAAUAAGAGCCUAUAAAUCUACAACCUGCACUCAGUGUGGAAAGAGCUUCUCAACCAAACAAAGUCUUGAAGUUCACAUGAGAAUUCACACCGGAGUGAAGCCGUUCACAUGUGAUCAGUGUGAAAAGAGCUUCUCAACCAAACAAAGUCUUGAAGUUCACAUGAGAAUUCACACCGGAGUGAAGCCGUUCACAUGUGAUCAGUGUGGAAAGAGUUUCUCAACCAAACAAUAUCUUGAGGUUCACAAGAGAGUUCAUACAGGAGAGAAGCCAUUCACAUGUGAUCAGUGUGGAAAGAGUUUCUCAAUCAAACAAAGUCUUGAACAUCACCUGAGAAUUCACACCGGAGAGAAGCCGUUCACAUGUGAUCAGUGUGUAAAGAGUUUCUCAACCAAACAAUAUCUUGAGGUUCACAAGAGAGUUCAUACAGGAGAGAAGCCAUUCACAUGUGAUCAGUGUGAAAAGAGUUUCUCAAUCAAACAAAGUCUUGAACAUCACAUGAGGAUCCACACCGGAGAGAAGCCGUUCACAUGUGAUCAGUGUAAAAAGAGUUUCUCAAUCAAACAAAGUCUUGAACAUCACAUGAGAAUUCACACCGGAGAGAAGCCGUUCACAUGUGAUCAGUGUGGAAAGAGAUUCAGUCGAUCAUCAAGCCUUAAAGAACACAUGAUGAUCCACACUGGAGAGAAGCCGUUCACAUGUGAUCAGUGUGGAAAAAGUUUAUCAACCAAACAAAGUCUUGAGCUUCACAUGAGAAUUCACACUGGAGAGAAGCCGUUCACAUGUGAUCAAUGUGACAAAACAUUUCUAGGGUCAUCAGCCCUGAAGAGACACCUGAGAGUUCAUACAAAGAAGAAGCCACAUUCAUGUUCUGUGAGUGGAAAGAGUUUUUCACAGCUGUGUAGUUUACGAAAACAUCAGAAAACACACACUAGUGUGAGAGAGUACAUGUGCUUUGAGUGUCAGAAGACUUUUACUACAUGGAGCGAUUUAAAAAAGCACCAGAGAAUUCACACUGGAGAAAAACCUUACAAGUGUUCACAGUGUGACAACAGAUUCAGUGUGUCAUCAAAUCUGAAAACACAUGAGAGGAUCCACACUGGAGAAAAACCUUACAAGUGUUCAUACUGUGACAAGAGAUUCAGACGGUCAGGACAUCUGAAAACACAUGAGAGGAUCCACAGCAGAGAGAAGCCGCACACGUGUGAUCAGUGUGGAAAGAGUUUCUCUUUUAAAAGUCACCUGAAGAUACACAUGAAGAUCCAUGCAGUGGAGAAACCACAUCACCACAGUCUGAAAUGAAGUAGUUCAUUUUUAUGUGCUGAACAAAAAAAAUCUCUUCUGUGUAAGUUAGCCACAGCCAAAUCUCUCCUCUCCAGCUAUAGUUGGUGCAAGGGGAAACAAGUUUUAUUUAUCUAUUUAUUUUUGUUUUGCAGUUACAAAAUCUCUUUUUGUACCUGUAUCAGCAAAUUAUUCACAAUUUUAAGCAAACAAGUUUAACCCUUUAACGACCCAGUGGUCCGCUGGCGGGACGAUAGAGUGUUAUAAUGUUAAACAAGUUUUUUUAAAUGAGGAGAAUGCCAUCUAACUAAUAAUUUAUUAUGCUCGGUGUGUGUCAGUGAAAUGAAUUGCAAUAUUAAUUCAAUAAUAAAAUAAUAAAAUUCAAUAAUAAAAUUAGCCCUGUAUGCCCAUCUGCUAUACGCCACUGUGAAGGGAUAAACCGUGUUCAGGCACGGCAUCAAAGCCAUUACCUGUUUAAUCCAAAUCCACAUGCGUGGACUGUUCAAUAUUCAGUACUGCAAUGUCCAAGUCUCUCCAGUCACAUGAUGUUUCUCAUGUGUUUUCAGUCGGUGCAACAAAGAAACAUUUACUAGACUGUGGACUAGCUUUACUCUCUGAACAGUGGCAGCCUGAAUUUUUGUGAUCACUGAAGUCCCGGGUAUACUUCGGCCGUCCGCAUUUGUGAAUUGAACUCGUGGCCAGCCGCACACCCCAUCCACAGGCAGCCCAAAUUUCGAGACCGGGCAGAUGGUGCACAUGCAACAGCGCAUGUUGGAAGAGCCCACUAGGUGGCAAUACGUACAGUACCGAGCACAAUGUGCAGUCGUCAAAGAAGAGUGAAAACAAGACGAGUAAACUCAGAGGCAUGCUUUCCCCAUCGUUUUUUAAUUCCUGUUCUCUUGGUUCAUCUUCUGAACUAUGUUGCAAUGGUGGAUGCACUAUUUUUCUUCUCCGAUCCUGCCCAGUGAAUGUCCCAUUGAUGACAUACUUUGAAAGAUGCACGGACACGACUGCAUGCAAGACGUGUCCAGGUGCGGAAAGUGAGGCAUACCUGGGGCUUGAUGGCGCGCUGUCUUUCCGCGCUCUCGGGCAAAGAAUUAUCUUUGAAAGGCUUGCACACUCAACUGUGCUCGAGAUGGAGCAGAACGUGGGAAAUUACAUAUACCCGGGCCUUAACCACUCCUGAUUGUAGUGAACUGGAGCUGACGGCUCACUUUGGGAAAAAUACCCCCCAAAUGUCCCCCAUGUUAUUAUGUCUAGUUUAACUGUUGCUGGUUGAUGUGAGAGGCAUUCUGGGAUACCUGGCUGUUAAAUAAUUUCUUAUUUCUUGGGCUUCACUUUUUGACUUUCUCUGUGUCUUGGGAUUUUUCCAUUGUGCAGCUCAUGUACCUACCUAGACAAAACAAGAAGUAGUAGUCCUUGGACACACUGACACUCUCACACACAACCAGAGGUUGAAGACACACACACAUUUACGCACAUACAUUUCUUAUUUGUUAUUAUAUUUCUUGAAAUGCCAUACAUGGUAAGCUUUGAUUCUUAAGUCGUAUGAUUGGAUGCUCAAGUCAUCCUGGAGAUUGUCGUUUGACAUAUGUCUAUAAAUAUGACCCUUCUUCCUGAAUAAAUCUGAGAAUGCUUUGUACCACA